CAAGAGAACUACACUAGUAUUGGCAUUCCAAACCAUUCAUGUUUGAGAGGCCGCUUGUGGGGGCAUUUGGGGCUGAUGCGGCGUAGGUAUGGACGAUUGGAAGAAUAUCUGGAAGGAUCAGCACCUGACCUUUCAGCCACAGCAUCUUCGUUUCAAGUUAAUAAAAUCCCUGGAAAUUCCAUCUCCUCGCACUCAUGUUAGCACCCACACCAGUCUCCAUCACUCCACCACCAUCCAACAAGCCCCAGUUUCCCGCCUCACCUCCCACACUCGACAUCCCCCAAACACGCCUAGCCUAUGAAAUUCAUCUUCACCUCCCUAAACCUCCCUCCAACCCCCGAACCCACCGCCUCUUCAACAAACCCCCACUCCAUCUCCUCCACCUCCCCAUGCGCAAGUCCAACAUUGUCGGCCACCCGUGCACGAGACAUUCCUCGAUUCAUAGAAGUAGGUGCGGUAGAGACAAUGAAUUCGGCAAGUAAAGAAGGGCUUUGAUUCCAUACUCUUAUUUGCGUCCGU